AAGGGACAUAUAGGUGGCGUCUGCCGGUGAGAAACACCUAGCGGUGGUUAAAGACUGGCAGCGAGAGGGAGUUCCCACCGGUUGGGUUCCUAAAGCCGUGAAGACUCAAGAAAAAUAACAAGGAGUGGCCUUUUGGAGUUUUUUGACUUGCCUGGAGCUCCACCCUCGGCCAGAGGAAAAGCCCCCGGGGACCCAGGCGGGAGCAUCAGAGGAGCGCGAGACAAGCGCUUGUGCGCGGUUCACCUCUGCGCAGCAAGUGCGGGGCGGCGACCUGUCCCUUGAAUUGGCUGGCCAUGGCGGCUGCGGGACCUACACGCUCCAGGAGACUAGCCCUCGGCCUGGGGCACCUGCUAACCCUCGCGGUCCUUGCACUUGCCUGUGAGGCCUGUAAAGAAAUGACCUUUCGGGUCCCCUCUGAACUACCUGCUGAGAAGUUUAUUGGCAGAGUGAACCUGAAGGACUGCCUUAAAUCGGCAAAUCUAAUUCAUCCGAGUGACCCUGAUUUCCAAGUCUUCGAGGAUGGUUCUGUGUACACAACCAAGCCUGUUGUUUUGUCCUCGAGGCAAAGAAACUUUAUUAUAUGGCUUUUCAACACUGAGACCCAAGAGGAGAGGGCGCUCUCUGUCCAUUUAGAGAACCCAGUAGAGGUACUGAAUGAAGAAAGACCGCGCACAGAGACCGUUCUCCGCCGGGCCAAGAGAAGAUGGGCACCCAUUCCCUGUUCCAUGAUGGAGAAUUCCUUGGGUCCCUUCCCACUUUUCCUUCAACAGAUCCAAUCUGACACAGCUCAAAACUACACCAUAUACUAUUCCAUCAGAGGGCCGGGAGUUGACCGGGAGCCUCUAAACUUAUUUUAUGUUGAAAGAGAUACUGGAAACCUUUUCUGCACUGGUCGUGUAGACCGUGAGCAGUAUGAGUCCUUUGAGCUGACCGCGUUUGCAACAACUCCAGAUGGGUAUACGCCAGAGUACCCGCUGCCACUCCUCAUUAAAAUAGAGGAUGAGAAUGAUAAUUACCCAAUUUUUACACAGUCAACAUACAGCUUCACAGUUUUGGAAAAUAGUCCAGUUGGUUCUUCCGUCGGGGAGGUCUGUGCAACAGACAAGGAUGAGCCUGGGACAAUGCAUACUAAGCUGAGGUAUUCCAUCCUGGAACAGUUGCCUUCUCCGCCCACGUUGUUUACUAUGCAUCCCACUACUGGUGUCAUCACUACCACGUCGUCUCAGCUGGACAGAGAGUUAAUUGACAAAUACCAGUUGAAAAUAAAAGUACAGGAUAUGGAUGGCCAGUAUUUUGGUUUGCAGACCACAGCAACCUGUGUCAUUACACUCGGAGAUGUGAAUGACAACUUGCCGACCUUCACUCGCACUGCAUAUGUGACAUCAGUGGAAGAAAAUACGGUUAAUGAGGAGAUCUUGCGUCUUACUGUUCAGGAUAAAGAUUUAGUUAACUCUCCUAAUUGGAGAGCUAAUUACACCAUUUUAAAGGGCAAUGAAAAUGGAAAUUUUAAAAUUGUAACAGAUCCUAAAACAAAUGAAGGCAUUCUGUGUGUGGUUAAGCCCCUGGACUAUGAAGAACGGCACGAGGUGACCCUGCAAAUUGGUGUAGUUAACGAAGCCCCUUACACUAGAGAAGCUACUUCAAGGUCACCCAUGAGCACAGCCACAGUGACUGUCACCGUGAGGAAUCAGGACGAGGGCCCCGAGUGUGUCCCUCCAACACAAACUGUGAGGAUUCAAGAAAAUGCGCCAGUUGGUACUAGACACAAUGGGUAUAAGGCAUAUGACCCUGAGACCAGAAACAGCAAUGGCAUAAGGUACAGGAAGUUAAGUGAUCCAAGAGGGUGGGUCACUGUUCAUGAAGAGUCAGGAUCAAUCACCAUUUUCCGAACCCUGGAUCGAGAGGCUGAGACUGUCAGAAAUGGCAUCUACAAUAUUACAGUCCUCGCGUUAGAUGCAGAUGGGAGAAGCUGUACCGGAACUCUGGGAAUUAUACUUGAAGACGUGAAUGACAAUGGCCCAUUCAUACCCAAGCAGACAGUGGUGAUAUGCAAGGCUACCAUGUCCUCUGCUGAAAUUGUUGCAGUUGAUCCCGAUGAGCCGGUGAAUGGCCCGCCAUUUGAUUUCAGUUUGGAGAGUUCUGAUUCAGAAGUACGGAGGAUGUGGAGGCUGACAAGAAUUAAUGAUACAGCAGCCCGUCUUUCCUAUCAGAAUGACCCUUCCUUUGGAACCUAUGUAGUUCCCAUACGAGUUACAGACCGGCUUGGUCUGUCCUCAGUCACUUCAUUGAAUGUCGUUGUAUGUGAUUGCAUUACUGAAAGCGACUGCACAGUUCGCUCAGGAGAAAGGAGCGGCUACGCAGAAGCGAGACUUGGACCGUGGGCUAUCCUUGCUAUACUGUUGGGCAUAGCCUUGCUGUUUUGUAUCCUGUUUACAUUAGUCUGCAGUGUUUCUCAGGCAUCCGAACAUCAGAAAGUUAUUCCUGAUGACUUAGCCCAACAGAACCUAAUUGUAUCCAACACUGAGGCUCCUGGAGAUGACAAAGUUUAUUCCACAAACGGCUUCACAACCCAAACCGUGGGAGCUUCCGGGCAGGCAGCUCUUGGCACCUUGGGCUCAGGAGUCAGAGGUGGAGGGCAAGAGGCCAUUGAGAUGGUGAAAGGAGGACAGCAGACUGUGGACGCCUGCCGGGGGGCCGGGUACCAUCACCACACCAUGGAUCCCUGCAGGGGAGGACACGUGGAGGUUGACAACUACAGAUACAUGUACUCCGAGUGGCACAAUUUCACUCAGCCCCGACUUGGUGAGAAGGUGCAGUUGUGCCGUGAGGAUGACAACCAGAUGUUUGCUCCAGACUACGUCCUCACAUACAACUAUGAAGGGAGAGGCUCAGCUGCUGGCUCUGUGGGUUGCUGUAGUGACCAACAAGAAGAAGAGGGACUUGAGUUUUUGGACCAUUUGGAGCCCAAAUUUAGGACUUUAGCAGAAGUAUGUGCAAAGAGAUGAACAGCUUCUAGCAGGGUAACCAAAGCUAAUGGAUUCGUUGCCUUUAAAAAAGUAUAAGCCCUGGACUUUUAAAAAACAGAAGAUGUUAUAUUUGGGGCACCCUUCCCCACUUUGGUCUGCAGAGUCUCCAUGGAAAUGCACAUUUACAGAGAAACGUUGUAUAUUAGCAUUUGAAAACCAUUCUGCAUGGGUUUUUAAAUGACAUCUCUUUUACCAGGUGUUAUCUAAGAUGGGAGCUUUAGGGGCAUUUGCAUUACUGUUUACAUUGGGCAUAAUGACAUCAGCCAACUUACAGUGCAAUGAAAUUGAGUGGAUUUGAGUCUGUAUGGUCCACUUGACCUGUAAUCCAAUUGGAGACUGUGGAAACCAUUAUGUCCAGCUAAUGGACUGAUUGUUCAUAUGGUGCUCUGGAAACUGUUGUUUUCCUGAAAUUCUGAACUGUAUUUAUGGUGUCUUACUUUAUCGUCCUGUGGCUUGGCUUCAUUGUGCAGAGGUAGAUUGCCCUUGUAUGUGAAACCCACCACUGAAUCCACAUCUUCCUUGUACCAACUUUAUCACUUAGAUUUAGGUUUCAACACUUCUUUAGGAUGUUCUC